CUUGUCUUUCACAGUUCCGAGGUCAGCUCCAGCAGCUCUCCAGAGUCUGUGGUUCAGGCAGGCCGCCAGCUGUCUGCCCAGGUUCUGCUGCAUUCCCAGAACCUGCAGGCCUCUAAAGAACCGGACCACCAGGACUGUGAGAUCCUUUCUUCACAGGAGGACCUGUUUGAUGGGGACAAGUCUGGUGCUGUUGACAGCACGGUAUCUGAGCCUGAGCCGCAGGCUCAGCCCACCUCCACACCAGCCAACACCCUCCGGUUGCUGCAUCUGUCUGGACAGGGAACACUGGUGCAGGAAAGUCUUUCCCAGAGCUCCAUUGAUUAUAUUGCCCCCACCCCAGAUAACUUCACCCACGCUCCUUUAAUCGUUCCGAGCUCACCUACUGAAGGGGAAAAUGAAGCCGAGGAACCCAUGGACACCUCACUUCCACCAGAGGAGAAACGUGCUGCAGCAAAGGACGAACCAAUGGAAACAGAGGCAGCAUUGAGACCACACCCUUCUACCUCCGCUCCUGUGUCCCAGAAUUCCUCUGGUUUGGGAUCAGAUCAACCUCUCUCUGUACCGUCCCAGCCGGAGUUCUCUCAUGAUGUAUUUGUUCCAACACAGAGCCAAGAAGCUAAUAAGAACUCCUUUCCGGUGCCUUCAGAGACACAGUCUCAGCUCCGGGAAUCCACUUCCUUCACUGCACCGCUGCAGCUUUCUGUGAACACUGAGAACAGUAAUCCACUUGCUGUUGAGGAGGACAGUCAGGCCACGCAGAUAGAGGAGCUGGAAGAGCGGGCUGGUGUUGACACCAGUGAACCUGUGAGCUCAUGUCCUGUUCAGGAGAACCUGAGUAACGCUGUAAACACAGAGUCACAAGCUGCUGAGUCGCCUAAACAAUUUAGCCAGACUGAGACUAAGUCUGAUUUGCCACAGGAGUCGGACAGGCAGAAACGGGCAGAAGCUAAUUUGAAUGUACAAAACGUGAAUGUAAAUGAAAUCAGCAACACUAACCACACUGAUGUGACCGUAAACACCUGUGUUCAAGAGACUCCCUGCACCAUCACGCCCUGCAGUUUGCCUUCACAGUCGGUCAUAUCCCCAACCUCAGCCGUCGAUAGCGGUUCUGUUUGUUCGAAAGGAGAAACGGCUACGAGCCAACCUGUAGGACAUCAGCAGACAGUGGUCAGUAACAGCCUGAUGGACAAAAACAGAAUGGAUGGGCAGGUGGAGGAAGAAGAGAUGGUGAUGGAGGAGGAAAACACAGGCAGUGCCUCAGGAAUAGCUCUGGUCCUCUCCCAGAGUGAGCUGAUGUCUCCUGAGCCCAUGGAGGAGGGGGAGGACAGUCAAGACAACAUUGUCGUCGUGACAGACAACGAGAAAGAUGACGCCUCGCGUUCACAGACCAGUAAAUCCAAUCCUAUGGGUAUCACCUCUAAUGGCCACCAGCAUGAGAACCAGGAAGAGAAGGCAGAUGCAACUCUGGAUCGGUCGUCCCAGGCUGAGGGCAUGAGGCAGGAAGCAGAUGGAGUCAAAGACAAGAGCCUGAAUGACAGCUCAGGAGAUAUUUCUUUCCACUUCACACUUCCGAAAGAGGGGGAACUGAUUGGUCCCUCGAUCGGCUCUACGCCCCCUCUGAUCAACCAGCUGAAGCAGACGCUCCGACACAGCACGCCCAUCGAGAUCCCUCCCUUUUCUGAGAAGACAGACACUGUGGGCGACGCAUCUUCGGAUGUUGUAGCGACAGCCGGUAACGUGUCAGAGGAAGGAGGAGAAGAUGUGGCUGAUAAAGAAGAUGGGAAACUGAGCUUGAGGAUGAAGCUGGUGACGCCUGUAGAGGAAGGCAGCUCUGAACGCUUCAGUCUGCAGAAGCCUGCUCUGUUGGAGGAGGAUGAAUCGGUCACCAAGGUUACGACUGUUUCCCCUGCUGUUACCAGCCCCUCAGUGUUUACCCGUGUUCGGCAGGUGCACCGACAGCAGGGGGCGGAGGAGGACAUUCUCUCUGGAAACAACACCGCGGCUGUAAGGGGGAAACUGUUUGCCUCUCCACGCAGCAGCUCCUCACUGGGCUGUAACAGCCUCCCCAAUAGCCAGGAUGAGUUGUCAGCGCCGCAGAACAGCCUUAAAGAUACCAACAUUCCUGCAGGACCACCUGAGAAGAUGCAAGAACCAUCAGAAGCUCCAAAUCUGCCUCCUCCAAACAGCGUGGCAGAGAGGGAGGCUUCCCAGAAGGCUUCUGAAAACGCCACCACUGCUACUCCCUCCAGCAAGUCCCAGCAGCGGAACGUCUCCCAGCAGACCAGCUUCGAUGGGCCAGGCCUGCGUUCUCCUCCUGGCCGGAGUGAACCAGAAUCGCCAUCAUUUAGAAGAACCGCGGCGCCAUCCCACCGUAGACACGUCCGCACCAUUCAGGAGGUCCGAACCACCAUCACACGGAUCAUCACAGACGUUUAUUAUGAGGACGGCAGAGAGGUGGACCGUAGAGUCACAGAGGAGAGCGAGGAGCCCGUGGUGGACUGUCAUGUGUUGGACAGCGACAUCUCUCCUUGUCGCACAGGUAGCAGCUCAGUGACCUCCGGUGACCUCGGUGACAUCAGCUCCCCGUCCUCCAAGGCUUCCAGCCUACAUCACAGUUUUGGAGGGACGAGCAGCAGCAUCGGCUCGACCAGGCCCGACUUUAUUAUGCCGCCCAGCAGAGGGUCGAAAACCGUCAGUCCCAGGAGGGGAGGUGGGCAUCCACAGAGGGGUCACAGGGGUCACAGGGCAGGGUCAGUGGUCACUGUGGGCAGAGGCGGCAGCACCUUUGGGUCCCGGGCCUUCGUCCCGCUGUCCCCCAGAGGAAGGUCUAGAAGGGGCCGGCCCCCAUCCCGCUGCUCCCUGUCCAGGGGGGGUGGUGUCGGACCACUGCAGAGGCUCGGUGCUCACUCCCAGAUCCACUCCUCCUCGGAGGAUGAGCCCUACACCUGCAUGCUUCCUCCACGCCUGCCCGUCAGCCCCUCCGACCCUGAGCCCCUGGGUCGCUCGGAUUCCCUCAGGUCGUCGCCAGAGGAAGCCAUCUUGGCUGGCAGCAGCUUCGUGGGCCUGCGGGUUGUCGCUAAGUGGUCCUCCAACGGCUACUUCUACUCAGGACGCAUUAUGAAGGAUGCUGGAGACAGCAGGUUCCGGCUGCGCUUUGACGACGGCUACGAGUGCGAGGUGGCGGGGAAGGAUAUCCUGCUGUGCGAUCCCAUCCCACUGGAGACGGAGGUCACCGCUCUGCUGGAGGAUGAGUACUUCAGUAUAGGGGUUGUAAAGGGCCAUAAAACGGAGGGUCAGGAGCUGUUCUACAGCGUGGAGAAGGACGGUCAGAGGCAGUGGUACAACCGGACGGCAGUCAUUCUGUCGCUGGAGCAGGGAAACAAGCUGAGGGAGCAGCACAGCCUGGGACCCUAUGAGCCCACCACCCCUCUGACCAAAGCCUCAGACAUCAGUCUGGACAACUUGGUGGAGGGGAAGAGGAGGCGCAGGGGAACCCCUUCGGGUCCGAACACACCCACCCGCAGCUCCUCCAGCAGUCCUCGGACCCCUGGCCCCUCCGGGAAGAGGAAGCUGAUGUCCUCUGAGGAGAACAGGAUCCCCUCUAAGAGGGGACGGAGAGGGGGAGGAGUCAGAGCUGGUCACCGGGUUGGGACUUGUAAUACCUCCGGCAGCGGCACGGAUCUCCCGGGUCAGUCCUGUGACAUCACAGAGACUCACGGCCCGCUUCCUCAGAACACGUCUCUGUUUAUGGGCUUCGCCUUCAUGCUGACGGCGUCGUCUGAGAACGACCGGAUGACCAACAAGGUUACCAGCGAUGAUGAGGAAGAUUACGUUCAGACGGGUCCGUACAACAAACCAUACACAGAGUCACAGCUGCAGGCCGGCGGAGGCUUCAUCCUACCAGACUUCAAUGAGGAGCAGUGUAAAGCAGCGUAUCAGAGCCUGCUCAUUGCUGACCAGCACUGCCGCACCAGGAAGUACCUGCUGUGUUUAGCCAGCGGCGUUCCAUGUGUGUCCCACAUUUGGGUUCGAGACUGCUGCAAAGAGAACAAGCUCCUGAACUACAGGAACUACCUGCUGCCAGCUGGCGUGGGCCCCGAUGAUGCCAUAGUGGAGUGGCAUCCCCGCUCCAGCCCAUUCAAAGCUCUCCGUGUCCUCCUGGUGUCUGAGAAACUAGACGAGCUUUGGGCCCAGCUCAUGACGAUGGGUGGAGCUUCAUCUGUAAAGCAGUUCCAGACAGACGCAGACAGCUCUGAGAUUCCAGCCGGGAAGUACGAUGUGGUAGUGACGGAUGACACAUGUCCACCAGUGGUGGAGAGAAGUGUGACAUCACAGGAAGUGCCGAUGGUGUCUCCCGAAUGGCUCAUCCAAAGUGUGAUCUGUGGGGAGCGUCUAGGUUUCCACAGCAGGCCUCAGUAUCGUCAUGACUACUCCACCUCUUCAUCAUCAUCCUCCUCAUAAUCUGACUCCAUGCGUCCAUAAGGUCUUUGACCAAGCUCCAUGUUCUGUUGCAUGCAUCUGCUGUACAUAAGUUGUGUUUUUAUGGGACAAUAAAUUGUGACAUGUUUCAUUUUAACUGACGUGUUU